UUUAGUGGGUGGAAAUAACUGAGGUUCGGGUCAGCCUUUUGGAGUUCCAACCAUGGAGAAGCUGCGGAAAUAUUUUAACCAAAUUCGCAUUCCCAAAGGUGGGGACAGAGUGUACAAGGAUGAGUGCAUGUUCAACUUCGACACACCGGAUAGUGAGACUGGGUUAUAUGUAUGUUUGAACACCUUUCUUGGGUGGAGCAAAGAACAUGUUGUACGAUAUUCACACCAGUCGAGGAACCAUGUCUUCUUGCAUCUUAAGCGGAGUAAAAAGGAGCUUCCUCCCGAGAAGGAAAUGGAGCCUGAGAAAAAGAUUGCACGACUUGCAAUUGGUGUAGAAGGUGGUUUCAACCCAGAUGCUAACAAGAAGAAAUAUGAAUAUAAGGAACAUAACUCGGUGGUGAUCCUACCAGACUUUGAUGUCAUUCCACUACCUAAUGCAGACCUCCCAGAAAUUGUGCAGCAAAGUGUGGCAGGCAUUUUGAAAGCAGAGUCAGCUCUUCACUUAGCUGAAGUUGAGGCAGCAGCUGGUGCUUGGGAUGGGGAAGUACGGCAGAUCACCAAACAUGCGGAUACACUUAAGCAGCUUGAUAAUGGUGUCAAGGUUCUACCUAAUGGCUGGAAGUGUGAGGAGUGUGACAAAACUGAAAAUCUCUGGCUAAACCUUACUGAUGGAAAAAUUCUCUGUGGGCGAAGACAGUUGGAUGGUUCAGGCGGCAACAACCAUGCUCUUGAACACUAUGAAAAGACAAAGUACCCGCUUUCUGUGAAGCUUGGAACCAUUACACAGGAUGGAAAUGCAGAUGUAUAUAGUUAUGAUGAAGAUGACAUGGUUCUAGACCCUGAUCUUUUGAAGCAUUUGGCACAUUUUGGUAUUAAUGUUAAAGUGAUGGAGAAAACUGAGAAAACGAUGCUCGAGUUGGAGAUUGAUUAUAACCAACGUGCCUGGGAAUGGUCGCGGCUUACUGAAUCGGGAGCAAAGCUUGUACCAAAGUUUGGACCCGGUUUCACAGGGAUGAAAAAUCUUGGUAACUCCUGCUAUGUAAACUCUGUAAUGCAAGUACUCUUCUCUGUUCCGAGCUUCAUUGAGAGAUUUUUCAGUCAUGGUCAGACCAUCAGAGAAAGUUACAAAGGAACAAACCCUGCAGAAGACUUUAAUGUUCAAAUGGGUAAACUUGCACAUGGCUUGCUGUCAGGAAGAUACUCGGUAGCUCCUAACACGGUUGAUGAGAGCCAAGACACGGACGACUUGCAGCCUGGCUUGUCUCCACUUAUGUUCCGCACACUCGUUGGAAAGGGUCAUGCUGAAUUUUCAACUAAGAAACAGCAAGAUGCCAUGGAAUUUUUGGAACAUGUGCUAAAGAUGACAGCAUGCAACUCUGCUGGAGCAUCUGACCCUGGAAACUGCUUCAAGUUUGAGGUAGAGGACAAGUUUGUGUGCAGCGCAAGUGGGAAGGUUCGUUAUGUAACAAGACCAGACCAGUAUCUACCCCUACCGGUACCAGUUGAAGAAGCUGUAAAUAAAGAAGAAGUUGCAGCUUACCAAGCACGUAAAGUGGAGGCUCAAGCAGCACAGAAAGCUGUACAGCCUGAGGAACAAGUGCGCAUAAAAAUACCAUUUGAUGUGUGUCUGUCAAAGUUAGCAUCUCCAGAGCAAAUAGUUGCAUUUAGCUCUGCUGUAGAGAAGGAAGUCAGCAUGCAAAAAGUUACUCGCCUUCGUACUUUCCCAGAUUUCCUAGUCAUUCAGCUAGUGAAAUUUGGUAUUGGUCAAGAUUGGGUGCCAUUGAAAUAUGAUGUAUCCAUUGAUAUGCCUGAGAGCCUGGACUUGUCUGUACUAAGAGGCUAUGGUCUUCAGUCAGGGGAGGAAGAACUACCAGAAACAUCUGCUCCUCCACCAAAGGAACCUGAAAUAGAUGCUGGAAUUGUACAACAGUUGGCAGAGAUGGGCUUUCCCUGGGAGGCUUGUAGAAAGGCUGUCCACCUUACUGGUAACAACGGCACUGAAGCUGCAAUGAAUUGGGUGAUGGAACACAUGAGCGAUCCAGACUUUGCUGAACCACUUGUCAUUGAAAACAAACCUUCAAAUAGUGAUAGUUUUACUCCAAAUGAAGAAGGCUUGGCAAUGUUGAUGUCAAUGGGCUUCACUCGGGAACAGGCAGCACUUGCCCUUAAGGAGACUAGCAACAGUCUAGAGCGUGCUGCUGAUUGGAUAUUUUCUCAUCAACAUGAAUUGGAUUCAUUGCUGGCAACACAGAGUGGGGCAGCUGCAGUUCCUCCUCCACAGAAGCCCACUUACACAAAUGGUUCUCCAAGAUACGAGCUGAGUGCUUUUAUAAGCCACAUGGGAACAUCCAUAUUUGUAGGCCACUAUGUAUGUCACAUAAAGAAGGACGGUGAGUGGACUAUCUUCAAUGACAACAAGGUGUCAAAGUCUGUCGAUCCUCCCCUGGACCUCGGGUACAUUUACCUCUACAAAAGAGUAUCCACAUAGUCCUAUUUGCAAGAGGAUUGUUGGAUGCCCAGCAAAAUGGCAAUUUUUUAUUUGUUUAUAAAACUAGAAGAGACAAUGUCCUAUGAAUCAAAAAGUGUGUUUUCAGACUAAAGGUAAUGAAUGCUUAGGUACUGAGACUAGAAUCCUAUAAUUUGCUUGGGCAUUUUGCCUUCUCGGUGAAGAAGUGAACAUAACUGUGCACGUAUUGCACAUGACCUGUGAUUAUUAGGAUUAUGAAUAUCUUAGUAAAUAAAAUGAAUUAAGCUAUUUUAGAAGUGAUAGAGUACUGUGAAAGUGAAACAUACCUUCAGCACUUUAAUACUGUAUAGUUCUUUUCUGAUGAUAAAUUUUGUGUUCAACAUAGUGUGUAAUAUUUUAAAAUUGUUGUUAUAAAUGACAUAUUAGACAAAGCCUUAACGAGCUUUGAAUCUUCAAGAAACAUUGUAUCCUGUACAUUCAGAAAAUAUAUGCAAAAUUAUUUUUACUGACGUGUACAAAAUUUUAUGCAAAAUAAUAAUGAUUAUUAAGUAAGAGGCCUUACAUCUGACAUCCUCACAUGCAGUUUACUGUCUAAAUAUUUUAGUAUAGUGUUUUACAAGGAUCAUUAUAUACGCAUUAAUUCAGCUUGAUACUGUUUUUGGUUUUUCUUUAAUAUAUUGCCAAUAGAAUUAUACAGUAAUUAUUAACUACUUUGAAGGGCCUCUUUACUCUGUCUCUACAUUUAAAGCGAGUCAUUAAUUAUUACAUAAAUAUGUGCAAAAAUUGAGGCAUUAUUUGUGCUGACAAAAGUACCUGUAUCAAAGUGAAAAUCAUCAUAAAAGGUGCACUUAAUAUGCAUUGCUAUUUUUCACAUUUGAUAGCUAAAGAUCCAUGUCCCCAUGCUGUCAUUCUCUAGAACAUACACCAACAUAUGUAAUUGCAUACCCAAAAACAUUUUGAUAUAUUUAUAAUUUAUAAUUAUUCAAUUAAGUGCCCAAAUAUGAAAAUAGUUGUACAUGUCUUUGUAUGUAUCAACUGUAAAUACACGCUAAAAAAUAUUA